CGCACGCUGUCCGAGAAGACGUGGGAGCCAUCAGAGCAACAUAAACACAGAAAAGCUGAUUUAUUUCCUUUUAUCUCACAGCCAGGGAGAAACAAACAUCACCGGGAGAUACAAGCAGGGUGUUUAGAGCUUCAGGAUGUCUGACAGCGACGACAGCGACUUCUCCGACAACCAGAGCGAGCGGAGCAGCGACGGAGAGGCGGAGGAGGUGGAGGAGAAUGAGGAGGAGACGAACAGCCCGGUGGGAAGUGACAAGGUAGCAGAGGAGGAGGGUGAGGACCUGGAUGAUGAGGAGGAGUACGACGAAGAGGAGGAAGAAGACGAUGACGACCGUCCCAGGAAGAAGCCGAGACACGGCGGGUUCAUCCUGGACGAAGCCGAUGUGGACGACGAGUACGAGGAUGAGGAAGAUCAGUGGGAGGAAGGAGCCGAGGACAUUCUGGAGAAAGAAGAGGCUGAAGUGUCGAACAUCGAUCACGUGGUUCUGGAUGAAGAUCACUCUGGAUCCAGACGGCUGCAGAAUCUCUGGAGAGACUCCAGAGAAGAGGCGCUGGGUGAAUACUACAUGCGGAAAUAUGCCAAAUCCUCGGGAGGCGAACAUUACUCUGGAGGGUCUGAGGAGCUUUCUGAUGACAUCACCCAGCAGCAGCUACUUCCUGGUGUCAAGGAUCCUAAUCUGUGGACGGUCAAGUGUAAGAUUGGAGAGGAGAGAGCGACGGCCAUCGCUCUGAUGAGGAAGUUCAUCGCCUAUCAGUUCACAGACACACCUCUCCAGAUAAAGUCCGUCGUGGCUCCGGAUCACGUCAAAGGUUACAUCUAUGUUGAGUCGUAUAAGCAGACUCACGUGAAGGCGGCCAUCGAGGGAAUCGGGAACCUGCGGAUGGGUUUCUGGAACCAGCAGAUGGUUCCGAUCAAAGAGAUGACGGACGUCCUCAAGGUGGUGAAAGAAGUCACCAACCUGAAACCCAAAUCCUGGGUGCGACUGAAGAGAGGCCUGUACAAGGACGACAUCGCUCAGGUGGACUACGUGGAGCCGAGUCAGAACACGAUCUCCCUGAAGAUGAUUCCUCGCAUCGACCUGGACCGCAUCAAGGCCAAGAUGAGCCUGAAAGACUGGUUCGCUAAGAGGAAGAAGUUCAAGAGGCCUGCUCAGAGGCUGUUUGAUGCUGAGAAGAUAAGGUCUCUGGGAGGGGAGGUGAGCCACGACGGAGACUUCAUGAUCUUCGAGGGGAACCGUUACAGUCGGAAAGGCUUCCUGUUCAAGAGCUUCGCCAUGUCUGCUGUGAUAACAGACGGAGUGAAGCCGACGCUGUCAGAACUCGAGAAGUUUGAAGAUCAACCCGAAGGAAUCGACCUGGAGGUUGUUACAGAGUCAGGGAAGGAGCGUGAACACAACCUUCAGGCCGGUGACAACGUGGAAGUGUGUGAAGGAGAGUUGAUCAACCUGCAGGGAAAAAUCCUGAGUGUGGACGGAAACAAGAUCACCAUCAUGCCCAAACACGAAGACCUGAAGGAUCCUCUGGAGUUCCCGGCUCACGAGCUGAAGAAGUAUUUCCGGAUGGGCGACCACGUGAAGGUGAUCGCCGGCCGUUACGAAGGCGACACGGGUCUCAUCGUCAGAGUGGAAGAAAACUUCGUCAUCCUCUUCUCCGACCUCACCAUGCACGAGCUGAAAGUGUUGCCCAGAGACCUGCAGCUCUGCUCGGAGACGGCGUCUGGUGUGGAUGCAGGAGGGCAGCAUGAGUGGGGAGAACUGGUGCAGCUCGACCCGCAGACCGUCGGCGUCAUCGUCAGACUGGAGAGAGAAACAUUCCAGGUGUUGAACAUGCAUGGUAAGGUGAUGACAGUUCGCCACCAGGCGGUGAACCGCAGGAAGGACAACCGCUUCGCCGUGGCGCUCGACUCGGAGCAGAACAACAUCCACGUCAAAGACAUUGUUAAGGUCAUCGACGGACCGCACUCUGGUCGUGAGGGUGAGAUCCGUCACCUGUUCCGUGGCUUCGCCUUCCUGCACUGUAAGAAGCUGGUGGAGAACGGAGGCAUGUUCGUGUGUAAGACCAGACACUUGGUGCUGGCCGGCGGGUCCAAGCCCAGAGACGUGACGAACUUCACUGUUGGAGGAUUUGCUCCCAUGAGUCCUCGAAUCAGCAGCCCCAUGCACCACGGAGGAGGAGGAGGAGCUCAGCAGAGAGGAGGAGGAGCAGGAGGAGGUGGAGGAGGAGGAGGAGGAGGAAUGGGCCGAGGAAGAGGACGAAGAGACAACGAGCUCAUCGGUCAGACGGUCCGAAUCUCUCAGGGUCCUUACAAAGGGUACAUCGGUGUGGUGAAGGACGCCACAGAGUCGACGGCCCGAGUGGAGCUGCACUCCACCUGUCAGACCAUCUCAGUGGACCGGCAGCGCCUCACCACCAUGGGAGCUAAGAGACACAGCGGUAACACCUCCACUCAUGGACGAACCCCCAUGUACGGCUCUCAGACUCCCAUGUACGGCACCGGCUCCAGGACUCCCAUGUACGGCUCCCAGACGCCGCUGCACGAUGCAGCAGGAAAUCGAACGCCUCACUACGGCUCUCAAACCCCGCUGCAUGAUGGGAGCAGAACGCCCGGUCAGAGCGGAGCCUGGGACCCCAGUAACCCCAACACACCCUCCAGGAAUGACGAGGAGUACGACUUCGGCUACGAUGACGAGCCGUCUCCGUCUCCUCAGGGCUACGGCGGGACCCCCAACCCCCAAACCCCCGGCUACCCUGAGGUCCCCUCCCCUCAGGUUAACCCUCAGUACAACCCUCAGACUCCUGGCACGCCUGCGAGCCCCAGCCCCAGUCCGGUGGGCUACAGCCCCAUGACGCCCGGAGCGCCCUCUCCUGGAGGAUACAACCCUCACACCCCCGGGUCCAACAUCGAGCAGGGCAGCAGCGACUGGGUCACCACUGACAUCCUGGUCAGAGUCAAAGACUCAUUCAUGGACCUGAUGGGACAGACGGGGGUCAUCAGGAGCGUCACGGGAGGCAUGUGUUCGGUGUUCAUGCAGGAGUCAGAGAAGGUGGUCAGUAUCAGCAGUGAUCACCUGGAGCCUGUGACCCCCACCAAAAACAACAAGGUGAAGGUGAUUCUCGGCGAGGACCGCGAGGCGACGGGGAUCCUGCUGAGUAUCGACGGAGACGACGGCAUCGUGCGUAUGGAGCUGGACGACCAGCUGAAGAUCCUCAACCUGCGGUUCCUGGGCCGCCUGGAGCACUGAGAGCGGUCCGAGACGGAGACGGACGGAGCGGAGGGAGGGAGAGGAAGUCGAACACAACGCCAGUCAUUUUGAUUUAUUACUUUUGGUGAAACGCCUUCAGAAUAAAAGCCUCCCACUGGGUUGAAACUCUGAUUAGAUUUCAGCAGCUGCAGCGCUCAGAAGUCCUGGAAGUUGCUUUUGGCUUCACAUCUGAAAACAUCUCGAGUCAGAACAAACCGAAAAAAGCGACUGGACAGAAAAACUUCCCAGACUUGUUUCUUUUUCUCUCCCUCUCUCUGUAAAUACAUCGUUCCUCAUGAGUCUCCAUAAAAAAAUGAACAGAGCAGCUCCAGCUUUUUCUGCUUCUGUUCAUUUUAUCUUUUGGUUUUUUUUUGUUUUUUUUUGUUGUUUUUUUUUUAAACCUUUUUGUUUUAUUAGGUUGAUCGUAUUCUUACUUAGGCGUCUGAAUCUGUUUUUAGUGCUUUCUGAAUGUUCUGUCAGUUCUUCUUCUGGUUUUUCUGGCUGCAGGAGGAUUUAAAAAAACAACUACAAAAUGUAAACUGUCAAUAAAACUG